GCUAUUGUGAGUGAAAAAACGUUGUCGGAUAAAAUAUUUCUGAAACGUGCCGUUAAAAUACUUUUUGUAUAUAAAAAAAUAGUUGUUUAAUUCAAACUUUCUCUUUUUUUUUAAUUUUUUUUAUUUUUUCUAAACAUUUAAGCAUGCGUUUUUGGAAAAUCAUAAAAAAUAUUUUAUCAUUGUGUGUGUAAAAUUUAUUUCUUAAAUAUAAAAAAUAAAUUUUAUUAAAAUUAAAAUUAAAAAAUUAAUUCAUAAAAUUGAAAGUUCUUCUAUAAAAUCAGUGAAUGCAAUAAAUUCAAGAGGAUGAAAUUUCUGACAAUCCAAUAUACUUAAAUAAAAGUUCUCCUAGUGUGCAAUAAUAAAACACUUUGACAUCGGAAAACAAGUUGUAACAAAUUAUCAAAAAAAAUUUAUUCAAAAAUUUUUUCAAAUUUUCAUCAAAUUUUGCAUAGCAAGAUUAAGUAUAUUCACAAUAUGCUACGAAAUGAAAGAUGAAGCUUAGGAGGUUAAACAUUGUGUUAUUAUAACUAUGCACAUAUGAACAAUUUUCAACAGAUACUGAUCGGCUCCUCCUAUAUUUUUAAGCCAAUGAUCAUCCCGCAAUUGAACCGAAUUCAAAUCAAAGUGAAGUGAAACAAAACUAUAUAAGUAUACACGAAGAAAAGACAGGGAUAAAAUAAUUGUGAACAAAAUCUUCUGCGUAGACAACUGCUCUCAUUUUAUCUGUGAAUAAAACUUACAAAAUUUAGUAAACAAAAAUUUUAUAUUUUUGUUUCAUUUUUUCGUCUCAUGGUUUUUUAAUACGUCAAAGUUAGUUUUAUAUAAGUUAUCAUAUGGGAAUUCAUGUGGCGGAGAACCCUGAAAUGGAUUGGGGUACAAAAGUUGAAAGGCCGUGCAAAGAAACGAGCCCAGCUUCACCAAUAAGAGGAAUCAGUGAAAAUAACGGCCAUUCAAUUCGACAUGUAUGCCUUUCUUGUGCUGACACAUGUGAACAUAAUCUUAGAGAUAGUUGUGAAUUGCUUCAAGAUAAUUAUAACCGAAAUGCAUUAUCUGAAACAUUUACACAUGGUAGAACAAAUCCAGAAUAUUUAGAUUAUAUUACAAAGAAGUCUGAAAAGCGGCAUCCUGAAUCUCUUUUAAAAAUAGAAACAUGUGCAACAACAAGUAGUCCAGAAUCAUCUUCAGAACAAUCAGAUUAUGAAAAUUGUGCUGGAUGUGGACGAUUUAUACAGGAUCGUUUUUACUUAUCUGCAGUAGAGAAACGUUGGCAUGCUAGUUGUUUACAAUGCUGCAUUUGUCGGAGACCUUUAGAACAAGAUACUUCGUGUUUUCAAAGAGAUGAUAAUAUAUAUUGUAAAAAUGAUUAUUAUAGAGUUUUUGGUAGUCGAAGGUGUUCAAAAUGUUUAGCAUCGAUUAGUUCAUCAGAGCUUGUUAUGCGAGUUCGUUAUUUGGUUUUUCAUUUGAGCUGCUUUUCCUGUACAAUUUGUAAUUCACCUUUAACAAAAGGUGAUGAAUUUGGUAUAAGAAAUUCUGAUGUUUUUUGUAGGCUUCAUUACAUAAUUCCAGUUAUUGGUGGUCAUCUAUCAAAUUCAAAUCCAUUUACAAAUACAUGUUCAUUUAUAUCACAUAUGGAAUCGACAGGAAAUGAGUCAAGAUAUUUAGAUGGUACAGACAAAUUAUCUCCCUCAGAUAUAUAUAUUCAUUCACCUCAAAUAUUGCAAGAGUUAACACAACCUCCCAGACAAAAAGGAAGACCUAGAAAACGAAAACCUAAAGAUUUUGAUACUCUUAAUUCAGAUUUAGGUUCAGAAUAUUUAGAAUUUAAUCAGGGAGGAAGUUUAUCCAGUGCAUCAAGGACCAAACGAAUGAGAACUUCAUUUAAACAUCAUCAAUUAAGAACUAUGAAAUCUUAUUUUGCAAUAAAUCAUAAUCCAGACGCAAAAGAUCUUAAACAAUUAUCACAAAAAACUGGACUUCCAAAAAGGGUUCUGCAGGUGUGGUUUCAAAAUGCUAGAGCGAAAUGGAGGCGAAUGAUGACAAAGCAAGACACUAAAAAUGUGGCAGACAAAUUUGAUGGCUCCACAGAUAUUGAAAGCUUUAAUCCGAAUAGUCCAUCCUUCUUCCAUGCACCCCCGAGCCCAUCUACUUCCAUUUAAGUACUAUUAUUUUAACUAAAUUAAUAAAUAAAAUAAUAUUAAAAC